UGUCAUUCAUUCACUUCUUUAUACAGGAAAGUUAUUAUAUUUCCAUGUAUAUCUACUUGACAAGAAAGAGUUUACUGAUUGGGAGACAUUAUAGAGGAAAUGGCCAAAUGUGGAAGUGGGGAUCAGUGAUUUGCCAGUGUAGACAUUUUUUCCCUCAUGAUUCUGAUUCUAUCUGUUUAGAUUCAAUGGUUAAAGAAAUUAAGAGAUGAUAUACAUUGUUUCUACCCAUAAGAAGGUAUUUGAUGGAGAAUAAUCUAAAAGACACCAUAAUUACAAAAUCACAUUAACUUGAGGAGAUUCAAUCGGCAGAUAAGAAGCACUGAUGGCAGGCAGUUUAAAUAAAUGGUGAGGUUAUGAUUUAUGAUUGACCACUGCAGGGGGAAAUUGUUGGGUUGUCAACCUUGUAUUCUUUACUUACUCAAAAGAGAACCAUGUAAAGUCCCUGUGAUUUGAGGAGAGAAAAAGGAAAAGGCGAGAAAGAUUAAAGUGGGGAAUCCUAAGCUUGACAAAGGCAACAGUAAAGAUGACGUCAACAUUGUCCCCUCGAAUACCAAGCAUCACUGGGUGGGGACACUGAAUAGAAAUCAGAUAAAUUUUAAAAACAUCUAAUCUCACUUUCUUUCCCCUUUGUGAUGCCUCUCCCUUCUCCUCUCCUCUCCAUUUAUUUACUAUAUUUUCCUCUUGGAUCCAAACUCUAUUCCCAGUUGGUAGUAUCCGUCCACAACGCCCUUCCAUCCAAACUUUAUUUCCAAUUUAGGGGUUGUGGAGAAAUGAUUUUCCAUGGGGAAGGAGCUGAAACAUCAGUCAACAAACAGCAAGGUGGACUGAGGAUAAGUGAGAACGGAGAUGAAGGAGCUGAAGAAGAUAAUCCAGGUGAGUGGCUGAAUUUAAGCCUGGGUAGGAAUUUGCCGUCUACAGCUCUAGACUCAGACCCGCAAUCAAGACCAACUUCUUCCAAGGUUUUCUCAUGUAACUUCUGUAUGAGGAAGUUCUACAGUUCACAAGCAUUAGGGGGUCACCAAAAUGCUCACAAGCGGGAGAGAGGUGCAGCUAGAAGAUAUCAGUCUCAUAGGAUGAUGGCCAUGAUGGGUUUGCCCAUGAAUACACCUAUCAGGUCACUUGGCGUCCGCCCCCAUUCACUAGUGCAGAAACCAAACAGAGAUGGAACUGCAAUUGUGGCGAGAUUUGAUGAUUCCAACACGGGCUUUGGAAUGACAUGGACACCCUUCACACUAGAGGAAACGAUGGACGUGAUGUGGCCCGGAAGCUACCGCUUGGAACAACAACCAUCAGAGCAAACAUCAGAGCCACUUAAGCUCGACUUAAAUCUCCGGCUCUAACAGACCCUUCAUCAGCCCUUGUCCAGAAUUGUCCAUCUCGGUUCAUUUCUGUAAUAACAGUUCUUGUUUUGUUCUUCCAUCAAAAAACAUGUACUGUGUACUAACUUAGGUAUGAGCCAAACAACUUUGAAGAGUCAAAAAUCCAUGCCUGGGGUUCUGCCUAAUAUCUCUAGAAGAAACACUAGGAAUAUACUACUGUUUAUGCAUAUGCAGGCUUUUUAGUACAAGAAACCUAGAGCUCAACCACACUUUUCAGCUAUUCUCAACUCCUCAAUGCCUGAAAUAAUUCCUGCUGCACCUAACAUGUAAACCAGGUUUGUAAAUGUGUGUAUCUUUUUUUCUUUCUUUUUCUUAAAUCAAUUAUAAGUAUUGUGCUAUAGCUUCA